CGAACACCUCGUCAAGAUCCGCGACGGUUGACCUGGCGAUGGCAACGACGAAGAAGGCCAAGAAGGAGGAAGGCGACAAGCCCAAGAAGGCCAAGUCGUCCUCCAAGAAGAAGGAGAAGACCGAGAAGGCCGAGCCGCCGCCGCCCGAACCCGAGCCGAGCGACCCAGACGCAAUUCAGUUAUUUCGCCGGUAUGAUCGGGAGAAGCUCGGGCAUAUCACGCGGGACGACUUUAUGCAGCUCCUGGCCGACUACAAUGCGUCGCACCCGCAGCGCAAGUGGGAGAUGGCGCCGUGCGCGCUCACGGACGCCGCGGGCAUUCCGCUGGGCUUUGAGCGAACGUCGCGCAACUCGGAGUUUGAAGCCGGUCAGCUCUUUGAACGCUACGACACGGACCGAUCGGGGACGCUCAAUCUCAAGGAGUUCCACGGCUUCAUCCGUGACUUCAAGAAACAGCUCGUGCCGUUCGUCGAAGAGCUGACGUCACCUCGCGCGUUCAAGCACAGCGGUCGCCCACCACCCUCGUUUCCACUGCAAGACGGGCCGGCAUGGAGCACCUUUGAGCCGCACCGCCGCCCGCCACCACCGUCCACGCACCAGCUCUUCGAGUCGCGUCUCGAGCAGCUCAACACCAUGUGUGACAAUGUGCUGCUGCCGUACCGAGCCACCUUGAUGGAGAGAAUGAGCCGUCGAACCGACCCAGCAUUGCGCUGGGCACCUGCGACAGCGCAGACCACCAAGCAGCAGAUGGAGCUGGACCAAGAUAUCGACCUCAUCGACCGCAUUACAAGUAGCGUCCAUGCUAAGCGCUACAAGGGCGACCACAUCUCGAGCCACGAGAUGCACGAAUUCCUGGACGAGUUUCCUCACAUCUACGCCGCCGCAGAAGAGCUCGCGCAGAAGGCAAAGGCCAUGGCUCGCCCGAUAGCAGUGUAUGAGACGCCGGCAAUGAGCGACGAGACGACCAAGCUGUUACGCGUCAAGGACCAGAUGAUUUGGGACCUCCUCCAAGAGCGAAAGGAGCUCCGACACCAGCGCGAUGCCCUCGAGCACCAGCUCCGCGACGUGACGGAGCUCAGCGCGCAAGAGAUGCGCAAAUGGGCCAAGCUCACGGACGACAUGCAAGCCGAGAUUGAGCGACUGCGGCGGGAGUAACUCGAUUGUUGAUACCUUGAUACUACAGCCCGUGGAUCUCGAACGCGGGGAGUUGGUUGCAGAACGAAA